GGCGCGCGGUGACGUCGCGGCGAGACCGGAAGGAGCGCUCAGCGGCAGCCUCGGCGGCGGCGGCCGCACACAAGCUGUCAGCAGCGCUCUCGCAGGCUGACUGGAAGCCGCGGCCGCCGAGCCUACGUGUCGGGGCGCAGAGUCGCGGGGCGCGCAGUUUUUUAGCCUGUUCUUAACGCCCGCGGGCAGCAGGGAUCAAUUAGAUUCCGGAUCCUGGCUGGCUUUCCCUUGUGGCUGAAGAGGGGCACCAGACGCUUUUGAACAGAUGGUUGCCAUGUUUGGGUACUAGCGAGCCUCUGUGCCUGUCUGCUUCUGAAAUGGCCGAGGCCAACAACAACGAGGAGGUGAUCCACUUGAACAGCUUUCACUGCCACCGGGGUCGAGACUGGAUGAAUCUCAGAGAUGGCCCCAUCACCAUAUCUGACUCCUCUGACGAGGAAGGGGUCCCCAUGCUGGUCACCGUGGCUGCCCCACAGCAUGACGACGACGAGGAUCUGGAUGAUGACAUCAUCCUCACAGAAACAAAUAAACCUCAGACAUCACGAGCCAAUCCCAUCAAACCAGCUGCCCAGUGGCGAGAUCUCAAAAGAGUGAGAGAAGAAAGGCCUAGCAAGUCUAGUGCAGCAUGGGAGUCAGAUGAGGACAGCUGGUUUUCAAUGUGUAACAGCACAUUGUUUGGUUCUGGGGAACAGGAGGAUUCUGAGGAAGACUACGGUGCAUUCCUGGAUCUUGGGCCUCCUGGAGUUUCUGAAUUCAUAAAGCCAGGUGGCCAGGCAGAGAGAGACCCCAUACCUGGACCAAGUCAUCACAAGGCAGCAGGUGACAUUGUCAGCUCCAGAUCAGAGCAGAAAAGCGUCCUGUUGGGGAAACACCGGCUUCGUUUCUCAGAUAGUGACCCUUUGGAAACCCCGAACCAGUCAUCCGAAGACUCCGAGACAGAGCUCUUAUCAAACACGGGAGAAUCGAGCGCUGCCAUAGACGAUCAGUCCAUUGAGGAAGACUGCUGGCUGGACCACCUGGACUUGCAGUCUCUGAAUGAGCAGCCACGGGGGAGGGCCAGCCAAGUGGGGCCUCAGAAGCGGCAUCCCGAAGUGGAGCUGGGCCCAAUGUUGUUCCAGCAUGAACUCACAGGGCCGGCUUUCCCAGGACCUGCUUUUCCAAGACCAGAAGCCCAGCAAGAUGGGAUUCCAGCCUCCUCCUCUCCUCAGCCAGCACAUCCUCUGGAGGAGCUGGAAGACCAGCAGUUAGCAGUAGAUGGUGAAGACCCAGGUGCAGCCCUCCCCAUGCAGGGCUCCCAGGAGCCCAACCUGGACAACUUCUGGGGGCAGGAGGCUGCUGGGGUAGAUCAAGACCUCGUUGCACUGCUAGUGAAAGAAACUGAAGCGAGAUUUCCAGAUGUGGCAAAUGGGUAUAUAGAGGAAAUAAUUCAUUUGAAGAAUUACUAUGAUUUGAAUGUACUUUGUAAUUUCCUCCUGGAAAACCCAGAUUACCCAAAGAGAGAAGAUAGAGUCAUUCUCAACCCCAGCAGUAGCCUGCUUGCUAGCCAAGAUGAGACCAAGUUGUCUAGAAUAGACUUUUUUGACUACUCGAAAUUGGCUCCUCUUGACCAGCGCUGCUUCAUCCAAGCUGCUGACCUCCUGAUGGCCGACUUCAAAAUGCUCAGCAGCCAGGACAUCAAGUGGGCCCUUCACGAGCUCAAAGGACACUACGCCAUCACCCGGAAGGCCUUUUCUGAUGCCAUUAAAAAGUGGCAGGAACUAUCGCCAGAAACUAGUGGAAAGAGGAAAAAGAGAAAAGAAAUGAAUCAGUAUUCUUACAUCGAUUUCAAAUUUGAACAAGGAAACAAAAAAAUAGAAAAAAGGAUGUUCUUUCUGGAGAAUAAACGGCGGCAUUGCAGGUACUACGACCGGCGUGCUCUCCUGCCGGCCGUGCAGCAGGAGCAGGAGUUCUACGAGCAGAAAGUCAAGGAGAUGGCGGAGCAUGAAGACUUCCUGCUUGCCCUACAGAUGAAUGAAGAACAGUACCAGAAGGAUGGCCAACUGAUUGAGUGCCGCUGCUGCUACGGAGAGUUUCCAUUUGAGGAGUUGACACAGUGCGCAGACGCCCACUUGUUCUGCAAAGAGUGCCUCAUCAGAUAUGCCCAAGAGGCUGUCUUUGGAUCUGGAAAGUCCGAACUCAGCUGCAUGGAAGGGAGCUGCACCUGCUCAUUCCCCACCAGCGAGCUGGAGAAAGUGCUUCCACAGACCAUCCUGUAUAAGUACUACGAGCGGAAGGCGGAGGAGGAGGUGGCCGCAGCCUAUGCUGACGAACUUGUCAGGUGCCCCUCCUGUAGCUUCCCUGCCCUGCUGGACAGCGACGUGAAGAGAUUCAGCUGCCCCAAUCCUCGAUGCCGAAAGGAAACCUGUCGGAAGUGCCAGGGGCUCUGGAAAGAGCACAAUGGCCUCACCUGCGAACAGCUGGCCGAGAAAGACGACAUCAAGUACAGGACAUCUGUCGAAGAGAAGAUGACAGCCGCCCGCAUCAGGAAGUGCCACAAGUGCGGGACCGGCCUCAUCAAGUCUGAAGGCUGCAACCGCAUGUCCUGCCGCUGCGGGGCCCAGAUGUGCUACCUCUGCCGCGUGGCCAUCAACGGCUACGACCACUUCUGCCAGCACCCCCGCUCACCGGGAGCCCCCUGCCAGGAGUGCUCCAGGUGCUCCCUAUGGACCGACCCCACGGAGGACGAUGAGAAGCUGAUCGAGGAGAUCCAGAAGGAGGCUGAAGAGGAGCAAAAGAGGAAGAACGGAGAGAACACCUUCAAGCGCAUCGGGCCCCCCCUGGAGAAGCCCCCCGAGAAGGUGCAGCGGGUAGAGGUGCUGCCAAGGCCGGUGCCCCAGAACCUGCCCCCGCCGCCCCUGCCACCCUACGCCUUUGUGCCCCCGCCCUUCCACCUGCCGCCUGUGCGGCCCAUGUUCAACAACUUCCCCCUCAACAUGGGCCCCAUUCCCGCGCCCUACGUGCCCCCCCUGCCUAACAUGCGCUUCGACUUCGGGCCCCUGCAUGUGCCUCUGGAGCACAACCUGCCCAUGCACUUCGGGCCCCAGCCACGCCACCGCUUCUGAGGGGCCCCCCGCGUGCGUCUCGGCUGCCACCAUCCCCUGGCAGGCCCGCCCUGGUCUCAGUCAUAAACCCCAGACACCUUCCUCCCUCCUCCUCUCCCUCCUUCCCCACGGCACCCCUUGGAGUCAGCUGACCGCAGGCACGGGGGGCAGCAGAGAAUGGGGUGAGGGACAUCAGCCCCCAGACAGGCAUCUGAGCAGAGGUGGGGCCAGGCCAGGCCAGGCCCUGAGCCUUCUCCCCUCCCUGUGUCCAGGGACCAGGCUGCCCCCUUCCUCCUCCCGAGCCUCUCUCGCCCACAGCAGUGGGUCCCGUUCGAAGUUUAAAGAGGGUUUGAGUUCCCUUAGGAACCUUGUUUUCUGCAACUAGAGCUUCUCUUCCCUUCUCGAACCCCCAGCCCGCAGGCCACCUCCAGCUUCGGCUGCACAGCCUCUUCCUAUCACUCACCUGGUGGGACAGUGGGCCUCCCCAAGGACACAGGUGUCCCUGGGUGUUAUUGGUGGUGUGGGACCAGCCACCUGCACUGCUGCCCAUGGCCUUGGGGUCCUAGCAGCUGCUCAGAAUGAAGGUUGCUCAGCUGUCCUCUCUCUGCCUUCCAGACAUGGAGUGGGGCAGCCUGGGCCCCCAAGGGGAGGAGGGUCUGCGGGAAUACACUGCUCACCUGCCCCACAGUGAUGGUGGGUCUCCAGCCUCUUGGUGAUCCUGCAGGGAAACCCACUCCAUAUCUACCCUGCAGCUGGGGUACUUGGCCGCCACACCCCCUGGGGCCUGCCAUGGGGUCCCCGGCUCAGGAGGGAGGUGACCAGAACAGAGGCUGCCCCACAUCCCAACCCAUGCUUGGCCUCAGCAGCUCCAGCCCCGCGAGCCAAGGGCCUCCUGGGGCAUCGGGCACCUUCCCUCUCCUGCCCCGCCUCGGUGCCCCCACCCCCUGGCCGCAGCCUCUUCUACUUGCCUUAAACUGGAGAGGAGUCUAGUAUUUGCAUUUAGCAAAAAAUCUCAGAAUUUUAAACGGAAAAUGUGCAUGACCAACACUUUGUACGAAAAUAGCAGAAAUAACUAGUUUAUUAAAUCGUUCUCUUUACUGCUGAUAACAACACAUAAAAUAACUGUUGAAACUACUGUGUAAAAAAACCUGUAUCAUAUGUAACUGACUUUUGUAAAUAAACGUGCAUUCACCCUGUCA